AUGGAUCUUCUAGCAGUAAUAUUUCGCAGGAGACUAGAACGGGAUCGUUACUUCACUCAAGCCAUAGAUCCAUCCAGCCUUUCGUCGGACAGUCCUCCUCCGUCUUCUACAGGCAGCCUCAACAUGGCCACCACGGCGGCCGGCAACAAGCUGGCCCAGGAGAUUCACGACGAGUUCCUAACCUGCAAGAUCUGCCUCGAAGGUUUCAAGUCCCCAAAGUGUCUGGAUUGUCUUCAUACAUUUUGUGAACAGUGCAUUGACAACCAUGUUUUGAACGAGUGUACAUACAAGAAGUACUCCGACUAUCGAGAGUUCACCUGUCCUCUCUGCCGUAAACGGACCCAACUGCCCAUUGGAGGCGUCAAGAAGCUGCCGGACAACUUUCUAGUGUCCAGUCUUAGCGAGGUGGUGGCCAGGCAGAAACCCAGCAAGUUCCCCUUCUGUGACAUCUGCAAGCUCGUCAGCCGGAAGCAUCGGGAGGCUAGCAGCAAGUGCAUUGACUGCAACAAGCUGCUGUGUAAACAAUGUGUCGACUUGCAUAAAGAGACCAAGGUGACCCAGAACCACAGCCUUUUCGAUGUGGAGAUAGAGAAGGACAUCGAGUGUAAAGAACAUCAGGACGAGGUUGUCCGCUUUUACUGCGAACCCUGUCAGACGUGCAUCUGCGUGCUGUGUACCUUCAACGAACACAAAGACCAUGAGAUCACUCAGUUUGCGGACGCUGUAGGCAAGUACAAGGACAGCAUCCAGCACCUGCUGGGCGACUGCAAGGGCAAGAUCGACGUCUACGACAGGCAGCUGGCUCUGCUCACCAAGUGCGAAGGCUUCAUUAAGGCAGCCGAGCAGCGGAUCAGAGAUGCCUCCGUACAUUUUGUAACUGAAAUACGUAACAAGGAGAAGAACCUGAUCGAUGACCUACAUCGCUGUUACGGUUCCGAGCUGAUGCAAUACGUCAGCAGGAAAAAUGAGAUGCAAAAUAACCUGGACGGCCUGAAAAGCACAUGCAGUCUGACUGAACUAGACAAACUUUCGGUGAUGGCCAAUGUUGAAUUGAAGGAUCUUCCGCGGACGGUGGGCAAGCAGAUCUGUUUCGUUCCUGGCACAGUAGAACUUGGCAAACUCGAGGAUCCGGAUCUAACCCUGGAUAAAAAGAAAGGACUGAUAGCUAAUGAUGAUGGCCGAAGACUGACUCUACCCAACAUGUUGUUUGGUCACAGAGGGUAUGAUCGUGACAUCAUGGAAGAGGCUCAGAAGGUGGUCCCAAAGAGGUCGGCAGUUACGCAGACGGAUGUUAACUUUUUUGGGUCAACCAGCGUUAAGAAUCUUGUAGAGAAGAGCAUGCAGACAGAGUAUCCUGAAAGAUACGAUCGAGAUAUCUCUUCUGCCUGCAGCAGUAAUGGCGGAUCCUUCUCCAUGGAGACAAGGGGGACAGAGACUGAUGCUAUAUCCACGCUAGAGAAAGCGGUCAACACUCGCUCUAGGACCUUGCAGAAUUCAGUCAAUCAAAUGCAGAGAACCGAUGGUGCAGGGAUGGACGCUGCAGCAGCACGUAGACUUAGACGGCGACGAGAGAGGGUGAAACCCAUGGAAGUUUCAGUUCGACCAACUACGAUCUACAACCCUGUUGGAGCAGGAUACGGGUAUGGU